AUGCUGCCUCAGCGAGUUGAAGAUACAACUAGCUUACUUGCGUCGAUGGACGCAAAUACUACUGUUCUUGGAAUAAUUGUUGCAUACGCAUUAUACCGAGCGUACGUAUUCUUCACAGGCUUGAAGACUGUAAGCUACCUUCCUGGCAUUCGAUGUGUCGUCGAACCAUUCACCCUUGUUGGAGCCAUUACUCCGGAGUCGUGGUGGCAUCCUGGUCUAAACUUUCAGUGGUCACAACGCCUGACAUUGUACAAGCGUUACGGGUUAGACACGAUCUCAGUCGUACCUCUCCUGUGGGGUUCUGCGAAAAUUUGGACAGCCAAUUUGGAUGUCGCCCGUCAGGUUGUCGCUGGAGGUCCAAGCUCGCCAUGGAUUAAGCCUAAAGAUUAUAGCAGGGCUCUUUUAAUGUGGGGCAUGAACCUUGGAGGUGCUGAGGGAGGAGAAUUAUGGCGCCGACAUCGUCGCAUCAUGGGUCCGGCAUUCAAUAACAAGACAUAUGCUUUAGUAUGGAGGGAGACUCAGCGAGUGUACAAUGAGAUAGUUGCCAGAGAGGACUGGCUCAGGAGGGAUUUCGUUGAGAUACCCAAAAUGCAAACUCACACGUUAAAUUUGGCUCUGAAUAUAAUAGCGAGCUGCGGCUUUGGUCUACCGCCCACAAGCAAUGAAAAGCCGGCUGGAUCAGAUGGCUCGAUGUCGCUCCAGGAGGCGCUCCAAAUUACUUCCGAGUAUAACCUUUCUCGACUCGCAGCUCCAAGGUGGGUCUGGAAACUCCCGUUCAAGAAAAUUCAAUAUAUCGAGUCUGCGCAUCGGACUCUUGGAACGUUCAUGAAAAAUCAGGUCGCGUUAAGAAAGCAGGAAAUAAGACAGGAGAUGGCUGAAAACGGGAGGCUUGAGAGUGAACGAAGUGAUGUGUUUUCACGCCUCGUCCUUGCAAAUGAAUCGGAGGCCGAAAAGCUGCCCUUGGACGAAGAGGAAUUAAUUGGAAACGUGUUUGUUCUUUUGUUUGCUGGCCAUGAAACGACUGGCCAUACUCUCGCAGCAACACUCGGCUACCUAGGAAUUUACCAGGAGGAACAAGGCGCAGUAUACGAGCAGAUCAUGAGUGUCUUCGGGAAUGAACGCGAUCCGACAUUUGAGGAUUACCCUGCGCUUUACAAAGUGCUAUCAGCUUUCUACGAAGCCCUUCGAUUGAUACCGGCUGGCUCUACAAUGAUCAGGAGAAAUACGCGAGCUACGACACUGAGUGUUCCAGAAUCUACGGAUCAGGAAGGGGUUCGAGAGCUUUCCGUGCAGAAGAACUCCAUGGUCUGUGUUGAUAUGGUUGGAAUUCAGUACAACCCGCGAUACUACCCUGAUCCGCUUGUAUACAAGCCAUCGCGUUGGCAUGCGCAGGAGUCCUCCGACAUGCCCGACGCUUUCACGGCAUUCAGUAUUGGACCACGCGCUUGCAUUGGUCGCAAAUUUGCUAUGACCGAGGCGGUGUGUUGGUUGUCGAUGCUUCUGCGUGAUUUCAAGGUCGAGGCCGUGUUCAAGCCCGGCGAGACCAGGGAGGAGGCACGGAACCGUAUGAUGCAGGCACAACUGCAGAUGUCGCUUGCAGUGAACCCAAUUCCAAUUAGGUUGUUGAAGAGGUCUCACCGAUAA